UCUACAUGAUAUUUUCAUUACUUUAAAACACUUUCAUUUUUUGGUGUUACUGUUCCUUUAAAUAUGUGACUAUAUGAAUGUUUCAAAUGCUUACACCAGCCAAAUGCUCUUUCCACUCCUGCAUUCUUCUCCUGCCAUCAAUCAUCCAAAACAGCUCAGUUUACCUCAGUGUACCACCCACUUGAGCAGUCUUUUAACAUUAUUUAAAGUGAAAAUGAAACUAAAGUCAGCCGGAUCCUGGCUCAUCUUGCUGCAGCAAUUCUAUAAAACCUCUGGAUCAUUAAAAGAAUCAUUAGUUUGUUUCCUCUUUCUGAAGAAAAGCAUGCCUGCCCUGGGACUUCAAUUAAUCUUUGGCAAAGGAAAUUCUACUGGGAUAAAAGUCUUGGGAUUCUACACCUCCUGACUUCUUUUAUUUAACACCCCAGUAUUUCCUUUCUACUCUCAUUUUUACUGGAAGCUGCUGCUAAAUCUUAAUGUGGGUACAUUUCUGCUGCUAUUUUUAAUGCUUCUACUGUUUGGAGCAAUUUCUUGUUGGAAUUUAUAAAUCAACUUUUGUUUGACUCGUACACAUGUUUAAUCAGCCGAUUCUGGGUAUAUGUAAUUUCAUUUCAAAUAUAAAAAGCAUAUUUAAUUACAAUUUUUAAUAUAUUAUAGACUUUUUCUAAGACUCAUGAUCAUAUAAUGUGCUGUAUUUAUAUUUUAUGCACAACCAGACUGCUUUUUAGAUUUUCUAUUUUAGUUGCUAAAAACACUCAGACAGACCUUUUUCAAGAAUAUUUUUGCAAGAUAUUAUCUAGGACAUAUCGUUUUUAUUUUUGUACUUGCAAUUUCUAAGUAUGAAGGACGGACAUAAAGAUAUAACUAAAAUGAAGAGAUCAUUGGACACAAAGCAUGAGACAUGUUUGCCUAAUAAUUGUGAUAUAGACGCAGAUAUAACUAAGCUCAAGAAAAGAGAGCGGAAUCGAGUAUCAGCUUACAAGAGUCGGAAAAAACACACCAAUCGAGCAGAUAUACUACAUCAGGAAUAUGAGAAAUUAGAGAAAGAAAAUGCAGCACUAUGCAAGGAAAUUCAGAGUUUGCAAAAGGAACAACUGCAUCUGACUAAAGUCUUAGAGGAGCAUGAACCAGCGUGCUUGCUGCUCACCACAGAAAUCAUGUUGGAGCUGCUACAGCAACCGGACCUUUGGUCCCCAUCAGAUAAUGAGUUUCCCUUCAUUCAAUAACCGUGAAAAGACUAAACAAUUUACCUAACUGCAGUAAAGCACCAAUAAUGUAGCCCAAGCCCUUCACCCUGUAUUGAUGCAUCUACUCUUGACUUUGUGCCAUCAUAGCCAGGCUGAAGAUAGUGAUAUUGUUCUUCCUUUGGUCCAGUUGUACGGAUUCCGAUUUAUUUUUCAAAAAGGAAAAAGAAAAUGUUUCCAUUAAAGUGACGGUGAACAUGCAGUGGAUCAUUGAGGAGGAGAAAGUACCUAAACAGUUAAAAUGCUGCAGAUGUCAAUCAUCCUCAAGGACCUUUUACUGGCUACUGCUACAGAACCAAAAUAUAAACAGCCACACUCUAAGAGGCAAAUUUACUAAAGGGCGAAGUGGCCGUCACUAGAGAAAAUUUGCCAGAAAUACCAUUCGCAGGGACAUCGAUAAUUCACUAAUAGAGCAUCGCUAACUAAGUUUCGUGCCCUUUCACCAAGCGCAUUUUCGCUCAGACGAACGAUCGUUACUCCACAAAUUCACUAAAGUGCAAAUUUUCCAUUACGUUACUCUUUUCACCAGAGUUUUCCAGAGUUUAUACCUGGCAAAUUGAUAAGAUUAGGCUACAUCCUCCUUUAUCUUAUGUCAGUGACGUCAUAUCCUGAAUGCCGAAAAGUUAUAAAAAUGAAAUAAAAUGCUGGCGUUUUUUU